CAGCACGGAUCCACAUGAUGAUGCACUUAGAAAACAAUUAACUUGUUCAGAUUGUCAGCAUAACAAUAGCACACAGAAGUAAACCAGAAAUGACUUAUUCCAUGGAUGUCAAAGAGUACCUAUUUCCCAAUAGCUUAAAAAGCUUAGAUUAGUCAUUCUUUUUCACCAGCUUGUCAUUUUCAACAUUGUUAUGAGAAGAUUUGGGAAGGUUGCAACAACAUUCAAAUUUCAAUCUGUCAGUAUUUGCUCGAAACAUUUUAUACUUCGGUUCCAUACACCUAGUGAAGAUGAAAGAGAGAUGCCCACUGGGUCAGAAGACAAUGGUUUUCCAAUAAGGAUAAGAAAAUUGGGAAAAGAAGAGACCGCUAACGUAGGCGGAGCUUCAGUACUUUGCAGACCAUUUGUCUGA